AUGAAUGGCUUGGAUAGCUUGCUUAACAGGCGACCGUCGACGGUUUGGGAGCAAUUCUGGUUCUCCCCAGCAAUCUUUCUUGCUCGAUGGGCAUAUGCUCGCUGCCAAGAGGCAUAUGCGGCUACUCGGAGCAAUGCUGAUGCGAUCCGUGUUGUCUGUAUCUCGGACACUCACAAUGCCCAUCCUUCUUUACCUGAACUUCCUCCGGGAGAUAUUCUCAUUCAUGCCGGGGAUUUGACUCAGUCUGGAACCUUGGAAGAGCUUUCAGAGGCACUCAACUGGCUCAGCAUCCAGCCACACCCUCACAAGAUUUUCAUAGCCGGGAACCAUGACUCUGCCUUGGCUGAGCCCGCUUUUCGCGAUGCCGCUCUUUCGGCUCAUCCUGACCUCAUCUAUCUUGAUAAGUCCUCGGUGUCAUUGACCGUCCGCGGUCGCGACCUCAUUGUCUAUGGAAGUCCCGAUACACCAUGUCAUGGUUCUUGGCCUUUCCAGUAUCCUCGCGUCCCAGCCUCCCAGGCCCGCUCGUCGUCGGUCUGGUCUGAGAUGCCCAUUCAGACGGAUGUGCUCAUUACACAUGGUCCUCCAGCCUUCCAUCUGGAUAUGGGAGGUAGUGGUUGUAUGGCUUUGCUCCACGCUGUCUGGCGUGUACGACCACGACUGCAUGUUUUUGGUCACAUCCAUGGAGGGCGCGGCAUUGAAUAUGCCCAUUGGACACAAGCACAGAUGGCAUUCGAAGCUAUUUGUUCCACCCGAGGAGUGUGGUGGAGCAUGCUUACGCUCGUGUGGGAGACUCUGAGGAGCGCUCUUGGGCGACAGAUAGGCAAUCAAGUUACGCACGGAGGCACGGUCAUGGUCAAUGCUGCUGCCGUCGGUGGUCUCAGAGACGAGAAGUUGAGGGGGGCGAUUGUUGUCGAGAUCUAA